AUGUACUCAGUGAAUCUUUCAUCCUAUCCAAUUUCCGCCGUCGCUCAGCGAUCUUAUUCUGAUUUGACUGUCUUACCUGAAUCUCGCCGCCCUAUCAUUUCCUAUGGUCCCCCCGGCCGUCACGCCAUCUCUGGACGCGUUGCUACGGUAUUUGGGUGUACUGGUUUCCUUGGGAGAUAUCUCGUCAGUAAACUUGCCAAAGCCGGCACGCAGGUCAUCGUUCCGUAUAGAGAGGAGGAUGAAAAACGCCAUCUAAAGGUUACAGGUGAUUUGGGACAAAUUGUUUCAUUGGAGUGGGAUAUGAGGAAUGAGGAACAAAUUGCCGAAUGUGUUCGCCACUCUGAUUUUGUCUACAAUCUUGUUGGUAGAGAUUACGAGACAAAAAACUUCACAUACGGUGCCGUGCACGUAGAAGGCGCAGAGCGUCUCGCUCGCAUCAGUGCCCAGAACGGGGUAUCUCGCUUUAUCCACGUCUCUCAUCUCAAUGCAUCAGAGGACUCGCCUAGUGCGUUCUAUAGGACCAAAGCCGCUGGUGAGGAGGCCACUAAGAAAGCUUUCCCCAAUGCAACUAUCAUAAGGCCGGGUUCGAUGUACGGACAUGAAGACAGGCUCUUGAACAGUAUGGCCUUUUACCCAAUCUUGUGGAAGCUUAACUUUGGCGAAACGAAGUUUGCCCCAGUUCAUGUCAUGGACGUGGCUCAAGCUUUGUCGAACAUGACUACCAUCUCGCUCCCCAGUCAAACGCUCAACCUUCCGGGGCCAACAACCUACACCUACAAUGAAGUACUUGAUCUUAUCAGUGCUAUGACCCACAACCCGCCAUCUAGAGCGCCUACAGUGCCCAAAUCCAUAGCACUGUUCGCGACGAAACUCGCUCAAUACGCGUGGUGGCCGUUAUUGAGUCCAGAUGAAGUCGAACGGAAGUUUUUAGAUGAUAUCAGGGUAGAUAGAGGGGAUUGGGAUAUUCUCAAUGUUUCGCCAGAGCACAUAGAGAACGUUGCCAUUGCAUAUCUUAGAAGAUAUCGCUCCGCGUAA